UUGGAAAAGUUUCUCUUCCAUUCUCAGUUCCUUGCCAAUGUCUCCACUUAAGCUCCUUGACCUUGUCAUUCUUCUUCACACUAUAACCACUCUGAGUUCAGUUUCCACUACUGAAUUUGUCUAUAAUACAAACUUCAACUCCACAAACAUCAUUCUAUAUGGAAAUGCCACUACUCAGACCUCCAUUCUGACUCUCACUAAUAACAGUUUCUUCUCCAUAGGCCGUGCUUUUUACCCUCAAAAAAUACCUAUGAAACCAGCCAACUCUUCCACCUUUCUCCCCUUUGCAACCUCCUUCAUUUUCUCUGUUGCCCCCAUUAAAAACUUUAUGAGUGGUCAUGGCUUUGCCUUCAUAUUCACACCAUCACGAGGUGUAAAUGGCACGACCUCAAAUGAGUAUCUUGGUCUUUUCAACUUCAGCAAUGAAGGUAAUCCUCAGAACCAUGUUGUUGGAGUUGAGUUUGAUACAAUAAGAAAUAUAGAAUUCAACGAUAUGAAUGACAAUCAUGUUGGUGUUGACAUAAACUCGCUUACUUCCUUAACUUCACAUGAGGCUGGCUAUUGGGGUGGUAAAGAUGACAAGGAAUUUAAGGUGCUGAAGAUAAAAAAUGGAGAAAAUUAUCAAGUAUGGAUUGAGUUUAUAAAUUCCCAGCUUAACAUUACUAUGGCUAGAGCGGGACAAAAGAGACCAAGAGUGCCUCUUAUCAGUAGGAAUGUUAACCUUUCUGGGAUUCUUAUGGAUGAAACGUACGUUGGGUUCUGUGCAGCAACAGGGAGGAUAAUAGACAGUACUAGGAUUCUUGCUUGGAGUUUUAGUAAUUCAAAUUUUUCAAUUGGUGAUGCUUUAAUGACAGACAAUUUGCCCUCUUUUGUCCUUCAUAAAGGGUGGUUUUCUGGAGCACGAGCUUUAGUUGUAGGGGUCACCAGUGCUGUCUCUGUGUUAAUCAUUGCUUGUGGUUAUGUAGUGUUUUACAUUCUCUGCAGGGGAAACAAGGCUGAGGAAGAAAUUGAAGACUGGGAACUGGAGUACUGGCCCCAUAGAAUUAGUUUCCCUGAGAUUGAUGCAGCAACAAGGGGGUUCUCUGAAGAGAAUGUGGUUGCUGUAGGAGGGAAUGGGAAGGUUUAUAAAGGGGUUUUGCAAGGAAUAGAAGUUGCAGUCAAGAGAAUCCCUCAGGAAAGAGAAGAAGGGAUGAGAGAGUUUUUGGCUGAGAUUUCAAGCCUAGGCAGAAUGAAACACAGAAAUUUAGUAGGAUUGAGAGGUUGGUGCAAAAAAGAAAAGGGAAAUUUGAUUCUAGUUUAUGACUUCAUGAACAAUGGAAGUUUAGAUAAAAGGAUCUUUGAGUGUGAAGAGAGAAAGAUGCUAACUUGGGAAGAGAGGAUUGAAGUUUUGAAAAAUGUAGCCGCAGGGAUUCUAUAUCUGCAUGAGGGUUGGGAAGUUAAGGUCUUACAUAGGGACAUCAAAGCAAGCAAUGUUCUACUUGACAAGGACAUGAAUGCUAGGUUGGGGGAUUUUGGAUUGGCUCGUAUGCAUGAUCAUCAUGGACAAGUGGCUAGCACAACAAGAGUAAUAGGGACAGUAGGAUACAUUGCUCCUGAAGUAAUUAGAACAGGAACAACAUCAACUCUGUCUGAUGUGUUUGGUUUUGGAAUAUUGGUGUUGGAAGUAAUUUGUGGGAGACGACCUAUUGAAGAACAUAAACCAGGGCUUAUUGAAUGGGUGAUGUCCCUAAUGGUGCUUGGCCAAUUGCACAGUGCUGUUGAUGCAAGGUUGAAGGCUAAGGGGGAAUACACCAUUGAGGAAGCUGAGAGAUUGCUUCAUUUGGGUUUACUAUGUUCAAAUUCAGACCCUAGUAUUAGACCAACGAUGAGACAGGUUGUGAAAAUGCUGCAGGGGGAAAUGGAAGGGGUUGAGUCUGAUGAAGAAAUCAUGGAGAUGAGUUUGCUUGGAAAAAUAAAAUCAGCUGCUAUGUGGUCUAAAUCUGAAUGUAGUUUUCCAUAUAAAGGUCACCCUACUUUUGAUGAAAUUAGGAUGUUCAGUGUUAAUUCUACUACGUCUAGAAGUGAAUCAGGUACCAUUCCAGGAUCAGAAUCAGAUAUCAUCCGAGAAGGCAGGUAA